CUCAUCUUCUUCACAGAUAAGAUUUUCGCUGGAAAAAAAUGGCGGGAUGGCAGAGGAAUCUACAAUUGAUUCGUCAAAUUGGGAGAAGAGUGAAGAACACUAACGUUUCUACAGCUAAUUACUCUUCAGCUCGGAUUUUAGAUUCCCCUUUCUCAAAAGCUCGUGAAGUAGGUUACUUGCAGGGUCUCUUGAGACCAACCUACUCCUCAACACCGCUGCAUCAUUAUCUACAACAAGUGGGGAUUUCUACCACAAGAAAACUGAUGGCUGGUGAAGAACCUGUGUCAUCACCUUUGUCAUCUCCAGCUCUGUUGGGUUCUGGCAAAGAAGAAGAGCAGAAGAUUGUCCCAAAGCGUAAGAGAGUUCAGGCUGUACUCAAGGCCAUUAAGCAGAGUCCUAAGAAGGUCAACUUAGUUGCAGCACUAGUACGUGGUAUGCGUGUUGAAGAUGCUCUGAUGCAGCUCCAGGUCACAGUUAAACGAGCUUCACAUACCGUGUACCGAGUUAUUCACGCUGCUCGAGCAAAUGCUUCUCAUAACCAUGGACUAGACCCUGACCGUCUCAUCAUUGCGGAAGCGUUUGUUGGGAAAGGACUCUUCAAGAAGAGGAUAUCUAUCCAUGGAAAAGGAAAAUGUGGGUUGAUGAUAAGACCUGAAUGUCGUCUAACUGUCGUAGUUAGAGAGACGACUCCAGAGGAAGAAGCUGAGAUUGCGAAGCUCAAGGUUCACAACUUUAGGAAGCUAACCAAGCGAGAGAGGCGGCUAAACCCACACAAGCUUAUCGAGACAACUCCAAUCUGGAAUCGCAGAGGUACUAAAGCUAAUCAUCGUUCUUCAGAGUUGGUGCCAUCUCGCUAG